AACCACGGCUCUCACUGCUAGGGCUCUGGGUAUGUGCCAGAGAUCCAUCCUGUGUGUGGAGGCGGUGACCUCGCACUACUAGGGCUUUGGCUCAAUCAGAUCUACGAGCGAGUGCCUGCAUUGAGGAUGGCGGCCAUGCAUCUUCAACUUCAGGCCUCGGCCCAAAUCUCGAGCUCAGACAGGAUUUUGGCUAGCCCCUUCAAGAGCUCCGGUUUUUGUCGAUUGCGAAGCCCGCGCAGUCAGAUCUUGGAUGUAUCGGUGAAUCCCAAGAAACGAGGAGUCGGCGUACGUGCUGUGGCUGUACCCAUUCGGGAGGAAGUGCAGACCUCCAUUCCUGGUUUUACUCAGCUGGGAGAACCGGUUCCCGAAGGCCUCUCUUUGAACGAUGUUGUGAAAACUUUGCCCAAAGAGGUGUUCGAGGUUGAUGACUUCAAAGCUUUCAAGACGGUGGCGAUCACCGUCUCUUCGGUCGCUGCUGGAUACGCGGCCCUUGCGGUGGCACCAUGGUACUUAUAUCCAAUAGUCUACGCGUUUUUGGGAACCGCGGUCACCGGACUAUUCGUCAUCGGCCAUGACUGUGGUCACAACUCUUUCUCCAAGAGCCAGCUCGUGAAUGAUGUCGUUGGAACCAUUGUCAUGACGCCUCUCAUUUAUCCAUUCGAGCCAUGGAGGAUCAAACACAACACUCACCAUGCUCACACUAACAAGUUGAUUAUGGAUACUGCAUGGCAACCAUUCAGACCACAUCAGUAUGACAAUGGUAGCCCUCUAGUCAGGGGGGUAAUUAGAGCCACCAUGGGUCCGUUAUGGUGGAUGGCUUCAGUAGGACACUGGAUUUUCUGGCACUUCGACUUGAGCAAGUUCCGGCCUCAGGAGCAAGACAAAGUCAAGGUGAGCUUGGCGGCAGUGGCAGCGUUUGCAGCACUGGUGCUUGCACCUUUGCUGGUAACUCAGGGUCCAGUUGGAUUUGUCAAGUGGUGGCUUGUACCGUGGCUGGGCUUUCAUUUCUGGAUGAGCACUUUCACGAUGGUUCAUCACACCGCGCCACACAUUCCUUUCAAGCCAAACCGGGAGUGGUAUGCCGUGGAAGCGCAACUUAACGGCACCGUGCAUUGCGACUACCCGGCCUGGAUUGAUCUCUUGUGCCAUGACAUCAGUGUCCACAUCCCGCACCACGUAUCGACCAAAAUUCCCAGCUACAAUCUCCGCAAGGCAUACGCCGCGAUCCAGGAGAAAUGGGACCGGCACUUGAACAAGGCCGAGUUUGGCUUCCCGCUGAUGAACACGAUCAUUGAUCAGUGCAACUUAUUCGAUGCGAGGAGGUCCAAGUGGGUCAAGUUCGACAAGAACCUCAGGGGAGACGCCGCUGCAGCAACCAGCGAUUAAAACAGAUCACAAAGUUUUCUUAGAAAAAGUAAGGCAAUAGCAAAGCAUUGCAACACGAACUAUAAAAUAGCUCUAUCUCAUGCAUCUGUAGGGUGAAAGUAGUAUUAAGCUCGAUUAUGCAUCUGUAGGGUGAAAGUAGUAUUAAGCUCGAGUUUGGAACGUAUAUUAUCAAUCAUUAUCAUACUAUUAUGAUUGUCAUUUC